AUGAGUCGAGCCGGCAAGCUUGCCCCGGAGGUCAACCGAGCUUUAUUCGUAAAGAAUCUAAGCUACAACGUCACUCCCGAGGAGCUCUUCGACCUCUUCGGAAAGUUCGGCCCUAUUCGCCAAGUGCGACAGGGCAUCGCGUCGAACACCAAGGGCACCGCCUUCGUUGUCUAUGAAGACGUGAUGGAUGCAAAAACAGCCUGCGACAAGCUCAACGGCUACAAUUUCCAGAACCGCUACCUCGUGGUUCUAUACCAUCAGCCAGAGAAGAUGGGCAGGUCAAAAGAGGACCUCGAUGCCCGCAAGGAGAAUUUAGCUCAGCUCAAGAAGCAGCACGGUAUCGAUUGA